GUGUUAAGUGGAACACGAAGGGAACAGACCGAAAGCAUGCUUGUGCUAUGAAUGUUGACAGCAUACAUAUUUCCAUUCAGUUUUUUAUAUUAAUUAGCCACAAAAAAAAAUGGAUUUUAUAACAAGAAUUUGCACUGCCGUGUUACCGUGGAUACUUCUCGCACAGGUUAUAGCAAUUAAAGAGUGUGAAACUGCCAUGUUAUCCACUGGAGAAAACACUACGAUAACCAUUCGAUCCUCAUUUCCAAAGGCCAAUUGCAGUGUCUGCGUUCUGAAAGACAAGCAAUCAUCCUGUUCAUCUGAACUCCGCCUCCAACCCAGAGAAAACAGGACUUACAGCUUCAGCUGUCCGGAUCCCCAUAAAUUCUUUUCCAUUGAAAUCACCAAAAGCACUGUUUGCAUUUCCAACUUUUACUCCACUGAAGUUAAAGAACUGCUGACUUUGACCUUCCCGAAGUUCAACAAUACGUUAAUCUGGGAUAUCGGUUUUUCUGAGCACAAAGCUCUGGUACUGGAUUUCUUGGGGUUAGGGCUGAGGCAGAUUAAACCGUCGGAGAGCUGUCCAGAUCACCUAACUUACAGCAUCCACACCUACCUGACUGCUGAUAUACAAAGCAUCGGCACUUUCUGCAGGAGGGGCCCAGUUUCCAAAAUUCGGGUGGAUAAAGGAGUGAGGGUAUCUCUUCAGGUGUCAGGGAAGGAGAAGGUAGACGAACCUGGUUUCAGUAUGGCCGUUGGGCCCCCAAUUAAAAAGUGCUGCAUAAUUGAAGUGAACUUAUUGCUGGGGUCUUCUGUGAACCUGCUGUCCCCAAACUACCCCCUGAGUUUCUCAGAUGACGACAUAAUGUCCUGGGUGUUUACAGUCCCUGACAAUAACAAAGCCGACGUGCUUUUCCUGAACUAUACACAGCCGACCUGCAGCAAGAAGAGGGUGAGUGUGGAAUAUGCCUUGCCUGGAUCCCAGUUCACCAAAAGGAAGAGUCUAACAAAUCCGCAGCCAUCGUCCAUCUCCGGGAAUUUCACAAUGCAGCUGGAGAACUGUGAAAUGGUCAGGUCAAACCCUGGGAGACUGUCCUUGGAGUUUCGAGUUGAAGUCUUUAAUGAGAGCCACCAAAAUCAUUUUUGGAUUGACUUGCAAAAAGAAAAAGGGAUCAAUGUUACCAUAAAGCAGAAGAAAGUCAAUCCAAACUGCCAGUUCUGUGAUGGUGCUGCCUGCCAGCCAGAGAUCACACUGCAGUCUGGAAAGAAGACCAGAAUCAUGUUCAAGGACUGCAACCUGGAGGAACUCGGCAUGGUGGUCACCAAAGACAUAGGUUGUUAUAACUGGGAGAAGUGCCCUGUAAAGGAGAUGCCUGUCAAAGUGCCCAGUUCCCUUGCCAAACUGCCUGUCCCCCUGGAAAGUCUUACCUGGCAGCUGAGGGCUCCCGCAGAGAGCACUAUAGUGCUGAACCCCGGCGAGGCUAAGCUGAAACACCUCUUGCCUGGGGAAACAUGCAUGGAGGGCUUCUACUACCGAUUAGUGGAGGAGGACGAGUCCGAGCUAGGCAGGUUCUGCCCUCAGGGAUCCAUCGAGAAAGUCCAGAUCCAUUCCAAUAUCUUUGUGGCACUGAUGGCCACCGACAGGGGCAACUACAGCAAAAUACUGGAACCCUUUUUCACAGUUUCCAUUGAAAAAGAAAUCACAGAGAGCUAUAUAUUCACUGUUUCCCCUGAACUGGGCGUCAUGAGCUACCUGGUGACCCCUAACUGGCCUGACGGGAUGGCUCCCUUGUCCUCGGUGUCCUGGAAGGUUUCAGUGCCGUCGGGCCACAUGGUUCAGGUCAGCUUCCUCAACACCACCCAGCCUCAGUGCCGACAGUCCCACACCAGCAUCUCCAUCAAGGAGCAGAGCUCUGUGGAGGAGAAGUUCAGUCGCAGGGAGGACGAGCUGCUGCCAGAUCACCAGACCAUGAUGGAGGACUUCUGGCUCAACAUGUCCAAUUGCAAGCCUGAAGCCACCAAGAUGACCUUCAAAGUGAUGUGUCGGGUCACGCUAAUAAAGAAACAAGACGACCUCCCCAUGAAAAUCGCCAUUGGAACUGUUUCUGCUCUUUUGGUUAUUGUGGCUUUCAUUGUAAUUAUCAGCUGUGUUAUGAAAAAAAAGAAGAAAAAUAAACCCGAGACGUCAAUCUACAACCCAAACGUCAACACCUUUUUUCCUGGGCACCCGUUGUUCUCAAAAGGAAGGCGAGACAACGACUCUCACAUUUACACCACCAUAGAUGAGACCGUGAUGUACGGGCCGCUACUGAGCAGGCCUGGCUUGAGGACCCUCCCAGAGGUGGACGUCUACCGGCCUUUUGAAGGACCUGUUGGAGACAGACCUCCCACUCCUCCCCCAUUCUUUAACCUGGGCAAGUCCAAGGGGGUCGGUCCAGAGGUGGAUGUCUACAGGCCUUUCUUAGGUCCAGUUGGAGAUGAACCACCCAUUCCCAUUUUUAACCGGGAAGCCAGCAUGGAGGCAGUGGCUGACAGUUGCUUGGUGGACAAUGAGUUAUACUCGUUUCAACACGAGCAAGAGGCAGAAACACCAGGCAACGAGGAUGAGCUGCCACUGCCUCCUGCUGACGAAGAAAUGGAACAGAAUAAGGAGGAGUCAAAACUUUAGCACAGCAAAGAAUGCUGGACAUGGUGUGGUGGUUUCUUUUUACACAAGGCAGCUGUUGCAAGUUUCAAGCCCAUCCGAAGAUGUCUGAUAUCUUCACUAUUUAGAGCCUGGACAGCAGAGCACUGUUUUAUUAUAGUGUUGUUCUAACUGAACAUAAUUCUGUGUUAGCAAAGUGGCCACAUUAUUACAGAGAUUACACUGUUUUAGAAAAUGUGGUAAAUGUAUAUCUAGAAGCAACACAUGUUUUAUUAUUUUUUUAUGGAAUCCACUGGUUUGGUGAGUCUUAGAGCACUAUCACGCCUGUUCACUUGCAAGUUAUUCAAAUCGUAGUUCCUUGUAAACAAACAUGUUGUUUUCAGGUUUGCUUCUGUUCAUUUCACACCAGAAAAAUUCAAGCAAACUGUGUGUGUUUGUGGUUUUUUUUUUUUUUUUUUUUAAGUGAAUUCAAAUGUUUGUUUGGUUCCCUUGCAGCUUCAUCCAGACUAGAGUUCUAAAAAAAAAAAAACUUUUUCCGUCAUGCCCAACAUGGAGAAUGCGUUGUGCUGUACUCUUGCCUUUGUUUUGGGUUUUUUUUGGUGCUUACGACAUAAAGUAAUUGCCGAACAAACAAUCGUCCCUCACCAGGUGAUUUACAUAUUGUACUUUCAACAAACUGCAAUUCACCUGUUGUUGUUGUUAUUAUUAUUAUAAAGACAUUAUUAUUAAUAGCAUAUUGUGAAUUAUGUAUGUGUUUUUGACAAGCUCUGCUUUGCGCAUGUAAGACAGUGACAAGACACUUUCCUUGGCGUUUGCUGAACUACGUCACUUACACGAUUUGCUUCGCUGUUUGGAGCGGUUCAUUUCCAAAUGAACUGGAAUGCAUUUGGUUUCAUACUGAAACAGAGCAAAGUGGUAAACGCACACAGUCCACUUCCAAGCGAAAUCGGACGACAAUUUUCAAGUGAUCUCGGUUCACUUGGUUUGAUACGCACCCUGGUGCAAUUACAUGGUUCUUGGAGGUUUCACAUAUAUGGACUUGAAGUUUUUGUUUUUAACCGUUUAAUAACUGAAAAGGAAAAUGCAUGAAAAGUCAAAUCAUCAUUUGCUUAGCAACAGGCUUAACGACCAUGAACCUGGUUGUAAACAAACCAGCAAGAUGGUGUCUUGUUUUAUUCAGUGACAAACUGAAAGUUAUUGUAAAUAUAAAACUGCUGUACAGUUAUGAUUUUGCUAAUACAUAUUAAAGUUUUUCUUGUGUA